AUGUCUUCGCCUUCCGUCACCCCUCGCUCUCAGGCUGUCCGCCCCUCGGUGUCGUCGUCGUCACCCGCCCCGCCCUGCCGCCCCCGCCGUCAUCUUCGCCGAGAGCCGUUUCCCUUCUCCUCUCUCAUGCCGUCCUUCCGGGCCAACCUCUCUUCCACGAGCCUCGUGCCCUCGACCGCCGAGGGAAGGCCCAUCCCCGUCGACGACUCGACCGCCGAGCAUUGCACGUCGGCCCUCCGCGAAAUCAACCACCACUACCCCAGCCGGCAUCGGUACGCGAAAUCCACGGGCGCCCAGAGCAGCACCUACUCGGAGCCCGUCAUCGUCCGCAGCUACCACCCGCCCGUCUCCGGCCGACCGGCAAGCACGGCCCGAACGAGCACCGUUCGUGCCACCGUGUCCGGCUCCGACCCUUUCGCACCGAGGUCGCCGUUCGCGAGCAAGCUCGCAUCGGCAAGACAUGGCAUCCUCUCCACCAUGGCUGGCGCGCGUGCCAAGAAAUCGUCGGCCGCCAACGACGGCCCGGAUGCUUGGCUGCCCCCCGUGGAGGCCUUUCGGUUCAAAAGCUUCAUGGCCGGCAUCGAGGUCCACGCUGGCGGAGGUGACAUCAAUGCAGAUCUGGAUCGGAUCGCCGAAAUCUGUGCGAGGUCGAGAUACUCGUUGAGCAACCAGUACGAGGUGCACUACAGCCCACACGGGCCCGGAACCUCCCUCGCCGACACGGAGCAGCAAAGCCGUGGGAUACAGGGACCGACCCUCCUCGUCGUGUCCACCGACGACGACCGAACCGUGGGACGGAGGGGGGCGAGAAGGCAGCCGGCUAGGAGGAACAGCCGGGCCAUGGGCAAGCUCGAGACCAUCAUGUCUUCAAGCCGGUCGUCGGACGAGGGCAGGUCCAGGCAGAAGUCUGCUUCCGAGAUUGCCGACGAAAUCCGCGGCCGAGCUUCCAGGAAGGAAUCGGGAAACACGUCGCCCGUGGCCUCCUCCCGGAGCACAUUCGACGAGGCUAGCUCGCAGACCGGGGAGGCGGCCACGAGGAACCACAACCGAAGGCCGUCGGCAUCCCUUGCCUUCAUCGACAGCACGAGGCAGAACCCUCGGUCUGGAGAGACGACGAGCAGUCCGCGCACGCCAACCGCCGGCCUUGUGAGCGAUCCGGCGCUCCCGCAAGAAUCUCUGAGCCAGCUGGAAUUACGGACGGGAACGGCAGCCGGGGAUGUCAAGGAGAUGACGCCAACCGCCGGCGGCACUAAAGCACCGGGUACCGUGUCGACCGUAGUCGACACCGUCUCCGCUACCGGUUUGCUCGCUUCUCUGAGCGGCUGGGUCCCUUGGGCAUCGUCCACGCAGCAAUGGGGACGGGCCGAGGGCAGCUUACGACACUUGUUGAGGACGGGCACCAAGGGAAAUGCCGUUGCCGUCGCCGGGCUCGACAAGUGA